AUGAAACUGACACGCAAAAUUAGACCAGACUCUCUACUGGUUGCAAGCUGAACGCCAUCACCUGCUCUUGUGGCUCCUGUUUUUCAAAUCAUGUCAGUGUUGGCGUGGCUACUUUGGACAUUGUUUCGCGGAAUAGCUCUGGGAGGUCCAGUUCAGCGCAUGACAUGGUCUGAAGGGGUAAAUCCAGUAGUUAAAACAGAUGUAACUGGAGCUCCACGCCCCUCAUUCGUCCACCUGCCCGUGUUCCAGCACGCACCAGGGCCACUUGUAGCACGAGAGCUGUUUCGGCCUGUUCCUCACAAAAGACCACUUCCCACCGGACUGACUGCACUGCUGUUACCCUCAAAAAGGCGACACCAGAGUAUCCAGGGGACAGGUACACGCGCUGUGGAGGUCUGGUGCGGUAUCGAUAAAAUCUCUGUGCGCGUGGACCGCUUCCAGCUGCGCGCCUGGACCGUUCCAUCCCUCUUCCGACUUGGCUCAUGCCAGGCCAGCAGAAUUAGCACCCGCUUCCUGUAUUUCCAUUACAGACUGACAGAGUGCGACGGAGAAGCUAAGGUUGUUGGUGGUCAGCUAGUGUAUACCUACACUCUGUGUUAUACUCCACCUCCGCAAGGCUACAUCAUCAGAGUUCUACCACUUAACUUUCCCAUCCACUGCCAUUACAACAGGUUUCAUUACUCUUAUCAAGUUGGCUUCAGACCUCAGGUUCAGCACACAACCUUUAUGAAGAGCAUCAGGAGUAAACUCAGCUUCAGCCUGACCGUCUGUAAUGCCCAGUGGGAGCCCCUCCCUCCAGACCACUGGUUCUUUUUAGGGGAGCCAGUGUAUUUUGUGGCCCGGACAGGAGCUCUGUUGGCUGGAGAGAGGCUUUACGUGGACUCAUGCUACGCCACAAGCUCUAAGGAUGCAAACAGCAUGCCCAAAGUGGAUAUUAUUACUAACUAUGGCUGCAUGAAAGACAGCCAGAGGGAGGGCAGCAGCUCCUGGUUCCUAUCAGGAGGGAGCAAUGUGCUAAAGUUCGCGGUGGAUGCCUUUCUUUUUAGGGCAGUCUCACAAAUCCUGUACCUCCACUGUUCAAUGUCAGUCAGCCUUGCCACUUCCUACACCUCAAAGUCCUGCAACUACAACACAGCAGCUGGAAGGUGGGAGGAGCUGGAAGCACCACCCUCAGUAUGUUCCUGCUGUGAUUCCAUCUGCACUGACAUACAGGACUCUGUCAAGAACACGGUCAGCAGUCCUGGCUGGCUCAUUCAACAAAAGGAUGAAGACAAACCAAGGAUGAGGGCAAUAUCUUUUCAAGCAGAAGAGGGAACAGAAUGGGUGGAUCUGGAAGAGAAGAGGGAAAAAAGUAUGGACAAGAGCCUUAAAAAAUUAAAGUCAUUUCCACAAGAGACAGAAAUUGGUCAUGAUGAGGAAAAAGAAGUGGCCAUUCCUAAGAAGACGUCAGUGCUCCCUGCUGAGAAGAAAGAAUGGAGGAUCAGUACUGCAGUCAGCCAGCAGGGAAAGAGAGAUAUGGAGGGGGACACAGAAGAGGUGGUUAUGGAGAAGGCAGACAGCCAGCUGACAGAAUUAACAGAUGGAAUCAUUAUGUCUGACCAGACCAGACCAGAGGAGUAUGAGAUGGUUCAGGACAGGGAGGAGGUCUCUAGUACCAAAAGUGGAUCUUUCAGUGACAACAUUAGUACUAUCACUUCAGUAGAUGCUUCUGUUACCACCACCAUCACUAUGAUAAAUUCCAGUUUUGGUAUUGAUUAUGAUAAUACAAGUGAUCAUGGUAAUGCUGAAAAUGUUUCCACAGCUGUAAUCCCUAUCAUUAAACUUUGUUCUAACAGUAAUGAAAUGAGUUGCAGUGCCACUAACAGUACAAUCAAGCCUGAAAGGGGUAACAGUAGUGCUGGACAUGGUACCAUGUAUACUGCUAUUAGUGCAGAGAACUUGACCCCCUAUAAAGUAAGAUCUACAUCAGAUACUAGUAGAUUUGGUCCGGUUAGGGAUUUAAAUGUCCAUGACAGUCCAUUUGAUGGUAGACUGAAGACAUUAGCUAGGACACAUUCUGCCACCACUAACUAUGGAAUUGCCUCCUCUGGUUUUCUUGAUGUCAGAAAGUCAGGAAAAAGCAGGCUUGGGUUAGAUAAUUUGGACACUCUUCUGUGGUCAGAACAGGUCAAGACCGCUAAUAAAACAGUGGAUACAAUGUCUGAGAGAAUACCAAGACAAGCAGGUUAUUCUGUUAACAGUAAAGGACCAGAUGGUGGUAGUGAAAUUCACCACAGUCUACAUAUCAGAGGGUUAGAAUCAGACCAGUCUGUUCAUCCACCUGGGUUCAGGGACCCAGUCUGUGUAGAUGGGCUACUUAGUGGGUCUGACUGUGAUUCUAGAAUUGAAGAAGGUGAAGUUCUCCAUCAAAGUCAGUUUACCGAAGCAGUGGAGACAAAUAAAGAAGUACAAGGAUUUUCUGGUACCAGAUCAGACAGCGUCACUUCUGGUUCUGCUAGCUCAGAGCAAAUACAUCAAGACAUCCCCAGUCAUUCUGCUGUGGUGACAGUUAUUACUACACUGCAAGGCUCGGAGAGCAACCACAUGACUGAGAGGGAGUGGGCUGAAAUGGUGCAAGGAUGGGGCCUGCAGAGUUUGGGGUUUGUGGUGGAGCAGCCAACUGAGGUGGAAGAGGAGUUGAGACAGAAGGAGAUGGAUGACUGCUUUGUGGAUAAGAUGAACAGACUUGCUCUCUUAGGGGCUUGAUAGAUCAGGUGUUGACGUUUCCGCUUGUGGGAAUGAAUGAAUUAACCACGGCACAAAGUAGUAAUAUGACAGAUGUUUGAUAUUGGAGGAAUAAAUAUAAAUGGCAGUGUGCAAUCUAAUCCAAUAGCCUGCCCAUAAAUUCUACCUUAAUUAAGCUUAUUAUAUUCAUUUUUUGUUGAUUGGUUCAUUGAAUAUUAGAAACACCUGUCAUAUUCAUGUUAUCCAGUAUAUCACCAGAAACCACAUCUUCUAAAUUGACUAUUUAAAAAAAGUCUGAGGUCAGGUAGAGAGAGUGAAGUGAGGUCAAGGAGUAGUUGAAGGUCAUAGUGGGGGCAUGGCCUGGAAUUCAUACAAACAAGCAGCAGCAGGCAUUUCCUGAUUUUUCAUGAAUUGAAAUUGUAGCAGACCCUGGUGUUCACCUGGCUGUAUCCAUGCAGACAUGUUGAUGAAUAAACUCCUCUUACUCCUCUUA